UGUUAAGUGUUAACACUAAUUGUACUUAUAUUAAAAAGAAUAUAAGUAUAGCCAGCUGUCCAGCGAGAGAACGUGCCGCGAGCUGACCAAAAUCGGUUUUUCUACGCAUUCCCAAACGGCCAAACGUCAUCCUGCCAUAGGGAAACCGGUUUCGAUAUCGAGGAGAUGCAGGAGGAUGCGCAGAAUCAGCGCGUUCUCUCGCUGGACAGACCAUAGAUAAUCUAUAUAGUUUAGGUAACGUUGAAAUUGUAGUCACCAGAGAGUAAAAUGAUUUAUGAAGAUUUGAAAUCAAAAUUUGAUAAAAAUGGUUACGUAGUAAUCAAAAAUUUUCUAAGCGAAAAGGAGACAAAGGACCUCAAGGAUGCAGGAGAAAAACUUACAGAGAAUGUUCCAGCUGACGUUAAAACCGUGUUUGUGGCCAGUAAUACUAAACAUGUAGGCGACGAUUAUUUCAUAGAGAGUGCCGACAAAAUAUCCUUUUUUUACGAAAAAGCAGCGCUUGACGAUGACGGACGUCUGCUAGUCGACGCUUCGUUGGCGCUGAACAAAGUUGGCCAUGCCUUGCACAGAUUACAUCCGACGUUUGAGGCAUGCACCUAUAGUGACAAAGUGACAAAUGUCUGCCGAUCUCUGGGCUUAUCGAAGCCGGUAGUGCCACAGAGCAUGUACAUCUACAAAAACCCCGGUGUCGGUGGCCAAGUCGUCUCACAUCAAGACUCAACAUUCCUCUUCACGGAACCAGAUUCGUUGGUCGGAUUUUGGAUAGCUUUGGAUGAUGCCACGGUAGAAAACGGCUGUUUGUGGAUGAUACCAGGAUCACACAAGACUGACGUACAAAAACGUUUUAUUCGUAAUCCGGACAAGUGUGCAACGACUCAACUAGUUUUCCAGGGAACGCAACCAGAAUAUGAACAGUCGUUGUAUGUACCGUUACCCGUUGAAAAAUCCAGUCUUGUAUUAAUACACGGUAAAGUCGUACACAAAAGCGAACAGAACAAGUCACAGUAUCCGCGACAUGCAUACACGUUCCACAUAUUCGAUGAAGGAAUUAGCCAAUAUUCUGAACAGAAUUGGUUACAGACAAAAGUUGGAUUCAAACCAAUUUAUACUACAUAAACAUUAUGAACAGAUAUAUAAUAAUUUUAUAUGACUAUAAUGAAUCAUUUUAUUUUAAUUUAUUUUGAAUAUUUAUAAGGCUAAAAGGAUAAAAACAAAUGGGUGGAUAAGUGGAUUGCUGUGCAGUACAGUAGGUAUUGAAUAUACUAUAAUGGACAAUGGUUGUAUUCAAUUUGAAUUUUUAUGAUAAAUCAUUUUUACGAAAAAUGAUUCAGAACAGAGAUGGUCACUAUAAUAAGUAUAUUUAAUGUUAUUUGAAUUUUUGAUAUUAUUGCAAUAUUAAAGUAAUUUAUUUUACUCUUUAAUCAUAUUGUAUCCAUGAAUAGUAUUUUUAAUUUACAACAAAAUUACUAAAAUUAUUAUUCUUUGCUUAAAUAACUAAUUUUUUUUCAAUUUUAACUUACAUAAUAUCUAUAAAAAUAAUAUUGUUUGUAUAAUGUAUUCACUAUGUAUUAGUUAUAGUAUACACUACUAAUAAGAAAAAUUAUAAUAAAUUUUUAACUACAAGCUUA